AUUUCUUCCACCAUCCAAUUACCCACACAUCCUCGCGUUCCCAAUUUAUCCGAUUGAAUCCAGAAUCAUAGAUUUAUAUAAUCCGCCAAAAAAAAGCACCUGUUACCUUCUUUAACACCCACACUUUUAUGGUUUCGCCAACACAAGACACUGAUGUUAUCAUUUGCGGCUGCGGCCCUACUGGAGCUUUGCUGGCUGGAUACCUGGGCAUCAUGAAUAUCCGGUGCAUAGUCCUCGAGAAGGAGCAAGAAAUUGUCACUGAUCCUAGGGGUAUUGCACUAGACGAAGACGGUAUCCGACUUGUGCAGGGCCUUGGGCUGUAUAGUCAUGUGUACACAGACAUUGGCACAUACGUGGAAAAAGUGAAAUUUGUCGCUGGAGUCCACAACGACCUAUACAGACAACCUUUCCUCACCUUCGACAUGGGACUUAGUGAUGGUGGAGGUGGCCAUAUGGGCCUUCUUGGUCACAAGCAACCGGCAUUGGAGAAAAAUAUGCGAUUGAAAAUGUCAAGAGAACCUACUGUUGAUUUUCGUCCGUCAUCAACCGUUGUGAACAUUUCAGAAGACCAAGAGAACGUGUAUGUCAACUACAAAGACAAGGAAGGGUCCAUCGUCAAAAUUUGUUCAAAAUUUCUAGUGGCAGCAGAUGGCAAGACUGGCUUUACCAGAAAACAAUAUCUAGAGCCCAAGGGCAUUAUAAUGGAAAACACCAAUACAAAGUAUAAUGAGACUUGGGUUGCACUCAACUGGAAGAUUACCCUUCCUACAGAAGACUCGCAUCCAAAUUUUCCGCUGUGGAAGCUUGGCUACACCCCUGAAGACGUUUAUGAGAAGUUCUUUCCGUCAGACUUCAGAUUUCUAUGUAAUCCUGAACGACCCGCGGUUUGCGGCAGAUUUGGCCCACCGGACGAACGCUUGUGGCGAUUCGAAUUUGUCGUCAUCCAAGAGGAAGACGGGCACAAGAUGUCUGAAUAUGAGAGUAUCAAGAAAAUCGUCUUCCCGUAUAUUACCCACUCUGGAAGGAAAUAUGGUCUCCCGCAAGACGUGACUUAUCCUGAAGACUGCAUUGAAACUCUACGCUGCAGGCCGUUUACAUUUGCCGCUCGCAGUUGUAACAAGUGGUCUCUUGGUCGUGUUCUCCUUAGUGGUGAUGCAGCCCAUGUGUUCCCUCCCUUUGGUGGUCAAGGCAUUGCCUCCGGGUUUAGAGACGCUUCCGGUUUGGCGUGGAGAUUAGCGGUAGCCUGUCGAUCCAAUUUCAAGGACUAUGAAUUGCUCUUCAAAGGAUGGUACACAGAACGCAAACAACAACUUGAUAGGUCUUUGAACACAACGGUCGAAAACGGUCGUUUCGUAACAGAGAAGAAUUUCCUCAAAAACUUCAUCCGAGAUUGGGGUCUUUGGACUCUGCAACAAAUUCCUCAAGUGCGCCGUAUUCUGGCCAAAGGCGAUACUCGAAAUGGACUGCACAAGUAUAAAUUUGAAGAGGGUAUGGCUUUUAUUCCAAAAGGUGCUGGUGGUCUUCUUUUCCCUCAAAGAUUUGCCAAACGGUUGACCUCUGGCAAUGACCAUGCGGAGAUCGUUUUCACUGACGAUCUGAUAUUUGACGGCUCUAAAAAAUGCCUCUUCCAACUGGUCGUAUUAGUGGACAAACUAUCCGAGGUUGCCGAUGCCGCUGACGCUCUUGUUGAUAUUGAGAACCUUUCCAACGGCGAGUUGGCUAUCCAAGAUGCAACUUUCCUUGUCCAUGAUCCACUAGAACGUAACACAAACGAUAGCUUCCGGAUCGCCCGCAUUGCUACCAUUGAAGAAUUUGCUGCCUCACCCCUAUGCGAAGGACGCCUCAAGCCUGUAGAUUUUGAUAUUUACCGCAUCAAAAAAGAGGUUGCUAACAGCAAGUACAUAAUCGUGAGACCAGACCGAUAUGUUUUCGCAACUUGCAAUGAUAAGACUGAGUUAGAUGAAGCUGCAGCAAGUCUGGCCAAGCUACUAUCAUGAAAUGGUAGGGACCGAAUAAAAUCAUUUAGGCAACGGCAUUGCCCCAUCAUCGAGAAUUUUCAAUAAAGCAACCAUUUUUGCAUGAAUGAGUGAUUGAAGCACGGGCCAACAGCGCUG